AUGUCCGCACUCAAUCCAAGUGUAGACCUCGUCGACAAUGCAGCAGCCUAUAACGCUGCCAUUGCUGACGCGGAAGCAGAAAAGAAGAAGAACCGCGGCUCGUAUCAGGUGGUGACGUCAAUCUUGGAGCUAAUACCUACAGAUGCAUCUGAAUAUGGCGAGGUUUGCGGAUUUGGCCAGAUUUGCGUUGAGCUCGCUGAGCAAAUCCCCUACUACCACCCAUCGCAGCUUAAGCUUGUUAAGCUCCUUCAAGAGCUUGGACAGUCCUCCAAGUUCAAGUCCAAGUAUCCGCUCUAG